CCGACUCGUCUCUGACAAUCGGAUCUUAUCUUCUAGGGUUUCUAUUUUUCUUCCUUGCACCAAUGGAGUUUUGUUCUGAGAAUUCGAAUAUAGGAUUUGUUUGAGCGUUCGCGAAGGAUCAUGGUGGGGUUCAGAAACAGAUACAUGGUUAUGGAGGUUUUUCUGAACCCUAAUAGGGACAAAGGUGGGGAUGAUUCUGUUAUAGUUACACAGUUUAAUGUCUCCAAAGCUGUAAGAGACAGCAUAUUGGUGAAUUUUGGGGAGUGUGGUUUGGCUUCGUCAUUGGGAUCGUUUCAGGUUAAGUAUGUGAAUCCAAUCACUAAUGUGUGUAUAAUUAGGGCUUCAAGGGAACAGUAUCAGAAAGUAUGGUCCGCCAUUACAAUGGUCACAAAUAUUGGAAACUGCCCGGUCAUGUUUAACUUGCUGGAUUUAUCUGGAAGUAUAAGGGCUUGUAAAAAUGCUGCCUUGAAAUGUGAGGAGUCAAAAUUUGAGCAGUACAAACUCAUGCUUGGUGAUCGAUUCUCUUCUGAUCAUACUCAUCGCAUGAAUACCUAUCUCGACAGGAUCAAAGUUUUGGAGCAUUGAAUAAGUGGCCUACGAGGAGUGUCUCAUUGAGAUUUCUCAAUUUUCUUGCAAUUAGUUUGUGUUCAAUCACUAGUUGCCUGCAAUUAUUGGUUAAAUUUUAAUCUCACGAAUCAUAGUGUGUGUGUGUGUUAUCUACGUGAGUUCAGUGCACCCUCUUUUCACAGAAGAUGCGGCUCCUGUUUAGUUUGUGCUCUGACAUACCAAUUUUUGUGAAGUGGCAUUACCUAGAUUAUGGUAUAGAGUUAACAGCUUUCAACCAUGACAGAAGAGGCCUGUGAAAAUAUGUAAAUUUGCACCUAAGUGUGGUCAGAUUAUUACAUAUUCAUUGUAAAUUACUAGACUAUUUCUAGUUGUAGAACACAUAAUUACAAAGGAAAGUAGUUUUUUGAGCCUGCAGCUAGUUUCUUCUAUUGUUUCACUUCAAUUUUCUAGAUUUAUAGGAACUAGGAAGAGAUGCAAUCUACUAUAAUUUGUUAAGAUUACUAGUUUUUUGUCACUUAGAUGAAACUUCACUUUUCUCACCUCACCCCUUAUAACAUUAGCAUCACUUGGCAAAUGCUAAAUCA